AAUUUACCGGCUCAGAGCAGGCGGAGACACCGGGGGAAGAGAGCAGGCGCGCAGGCUUGGAGGCACCGAGACCAGCUGCUUCUCGACGGUUCACACACACACACACACACACACACACAGGAUUGGACUCAUUUUUAAAAUCUUUGAUCCCGACUCAAAUCAAUGAAGGAGAGACGCCCGUGUCAGAAGUUAUCUCUGAAAUCCAGCAUGGAUCCCAGUCAGAGUGUGAAGUGUAAGAUAGUGGUGGUGGGGGACAGCCAGUGCGGGAAGACUGCGCUGCUUCACGUGUUCGCCAAAGACUGCUUCCCUGAGAGCUACGUCCCCACUGUGUUUGAAAACUACACAGCCAGCUUUGAGAUCGACACGCAGAGGAUCGAGCUCAGUUUGUGGGACACCUCAGGAUCUCCAUACUAUGACAACGUGAGGCCCCUGUCCUAUCCAGACUCCGAUGCUGUACUCAUCUGUUUCGACAUCAGCCGCCCAGAAACACUCGACAGCGUAAUGAAAAAGUGGAAGGGUGAGAUCCAGGAGUUUUGUCCCAACACCAAGAUGCUGUUAGUCGGCUGCAAGUCGGACCUGCGCACCGAUCUGAGCACACUUGUGGAGCUUUCCAACCAUCGACAAGCGCCAGUUUCUUAUGACCAGGGUUCCAGCAUGGCCAAGCAGAUCUCGGCGCCCUACAUCGAGUGCUCGGCCCAGCAGUCAGAAAACAGCGUCAGAGACAUUUUCCACGUGGCCACGCUGGCCUGCAUCAACAAAAACAACAAAAACGUCAAACGCAGCAAGACCGCCCGUGCUAGCAAGAGGAUUUCACACAUGCCUGGUAGACCUGACCUGGCGGCCGUGGCCUCGGACCUCCGGAAGGACAAAGCCAAAAGUUGCUCGGUCAUGUGAUUGCACAGACUAAAUCGGAUCAGACUGAGGAGAAUGAGGACAGAGCACAGUGCAAGCAGGAAGUUAUGGGGCAAUGCUCUCUCUCCUGCAUGCUAAAGACCCCUUAUUUGUCUGGAAAGGGGUUCUAUAAGCUUAAUUCAUGUACAUGUUACUGGAAUACUCUGCACCAAUGAAAACUCAAUGCAUAGUAAGCAUCCCACUCAACGCAGCCCCAACCCCUGCCCCACCAAAAGAGGAAGCUAUCUAUCACCUGCCUGGGGAUGUGACCUGCUUCCUCUGGGAGGACAAAGCGGAUGCAGUCAAGGCUUUCCAUGCUAACAGGAAAUGAGCAGGGGGAAUGAUGUCAUUAGGAAAUGCUCAUUUAUAAAAAGAUGCGUAGGAACAUGUGGUCUCCUGAAUAAGAGCGAGAGCCGGCAAUGGGGUGGUAGGGUAGGGGGGUGCUGCCUCGGGGGAGGAAAAAAAGAGGAGCUGCUGUUGUUUGUGCUGGAUCAAAGACUUCUUCCUCGGAGGGCUUAUACAACAACUCGUCACUGUGGUUUGGAACCGAUUCACUCCCACCUCUACUCCUGUAACUGUUAGUCUGUGUGCAGAACAGAUUAGAAGAUUUAUUUCUUAAUUUCUUUCAAUGGAAACAUGAAGCUGAGUGUCCCCUGUCUCUGAUAUGUUGUUGGUGUAAUGUGAAGUCAUUGGUGUAUAACUGUGUCAUUGCUUUAUUUUCAUCCUGAUGAGAUUGAACCAAUAUUACAUUCUUUUACAUCAGCAGUUAUGGAUAGACUCGUGAAAACAAAUGCAUACUGCAACAGUGCAGGUUAGCCUUUUUUCUCCCAAAACAGAAAUGGUGUACUUUAACCCUUUUAUUGGGCCCUAAAUGGGUCCAGUGAGCUUUAGCUUAACAAAAAUUAGCAACCAAAAAUAGAACACUGUAUAUGAAAUAUGGACAUAGCCACUGUGACUUAUCCACAACCCUAAUGCUAGCCACAGCCAUGUUGGGUUUUUUUGAACGCAAAGUUACAUUUUGGACAAGAAGAUGGAGUUGUGACUUUUGCUCCCAGAUCUGAGCUGGAUGAAGAUAUAUUUGCGUCCAGUUAAGUAACUUGGAUUAACAGAAGCAAACCACAGAUAAAAGAUGGAUGUAGCCAGUGUGAUUUCAUCUACUGAUUACUAAGCUAGUAGGCUGCCUUCUUGGUGAUUUGAACUUCGAUUUGAAGUGCAAGAGGCAGAUAUGACUGAGAUACCAAUGGAGACCAAUGGAGACUGUAUAUUCACAGGUUGUUAGCUAGUGAACUAGCUAACAGUUAUAGUCAGCUAUAUCCUUUGUUCUGUAAUGAGGAUCACUACAAGUCUUACUCAUUAUGAACCAAUUCUAGCAAUUGAACAUAUAAAAUCAGAAGGUCGUCACAGAACAAAGGAGCUGAGAGCCGUUUCACCUUAGACCUACAACCAGUGUGUUUUUGCAGCCAGAGAAGUUUUCCUUUGCUGGCUACUAAGAAGAAUGCAGGUGGACGAGUUAUAAAAACUGUUAAGAGGUGUCAUCAAGGUUCAAACUGUUUCCUGUACCAGUCUGCAAAUAUUCUUUUUUUUUAGUUUAAUAAAUGCUGUAAAUAUAAGCAUUUUAAUACGGGAGUCUCUGGGGAUGGACUUGCUUUUGAAGCUAGCCCCAAGUGACAUUAGAAAAACUGGAGUUUUUGGUAUUUGGCUUACUUUUUCAUCUUCUGGAGGGUCCCCUCGACCUUAACAGGCUGGAAUCUUUGCGUCAUGAAUCACAGCACAUUAAAAGAGGAUUAAAACAGAAGAAGAUCAACAAUAACUUUAAAUGUCCAAAUUGGAGGAAGCUGUGGUUGAUUAGCUAGACUGCGAAAACCUCUGCAGGAAUGAACCAUCCCAUGACAGGAACAGUUUGUUUUGUCUCAUAAAUAUCUGCAAACUGUAUUACUGUAUUGGUCACUGAAUAAACGAGGGAGACAACCAAAGGAUGAAGAAGCUAGCUGAUAUGUGGCAAACUUGCUAAGGCUUAAUUUAGACUUAUAAGCCGAGUCUACCAUGUAGCCUGUGCUAGUGGCAGAUGGUAUUGCCACCAUUUGUACCUAUGUGGGCUAUGUUGACAAAACGUGUGGUUACAUUUUCAGUACAUUUCUGCACUUCAGUUUAUCACGUAGGGCUUUAGAAGAGUUACGUCAUACUUAUGGCGCAGAUUUAACGCAGAAACAUACAUUCACUGUAAUUAGAAGGACUUUGCCCUCUUCAGUAUUAAAAGAAGAGGUUAUCAGAUAUUUGGAAUACCAGGAAUGCCACGAUACAGAUGACCUGUUUGUUUUUUAAAAACUAGUCCACUUAGCAGUUAGCUUGCUAGCCCUCACCGCACUGCACAUUUCACAAACCUCUGGAGAUGAAUUUUGCUGUUCGACUUUAUGCUGUGACCAGACCUUAACUCGGAAAGGAUGAUUGUAUUUUUUUUCUUCCAUGGGUCAUUUCAGUGUUUGAGUAUCAUGACCUCCGCAGUACUAUCACAUAAUGUAAGAGAUUUGUGUCAAUUUCAAAAUUAGUCUUUUUCCAAAGUCUUGAGAAACAAGUGUUUUUGAACUAGUGAUUUUUUUCUUCCUCUCAAACAACAGUGCAAUGAAGAAGCUGUUUAAAUAUCAACGGUAUUGAUGCACUUUUAAUGUGACCAUCAGCUUCUUAAUUAGCUUGUUCAAAUGCCAGUGCUGUCACAUUUGUCAGCUCAGCGCCCGAGUCCUUCUUUUCUUUUCCUAAUCCUUUCUUCCCUGUGUAUACACACGUUUUCUUGAAUGUUGAUGUCACCUUCAAAAUGUCUUUGUCAAUGUUGUUGCCAUAAUAUUUAUUGAAUUCUAUAUUUUUCCCUUUAGAAUAAAUGCCAAUAAAACUGAAGAGAAGUGUG